AUGAUUCGCGCCAGCCCUGCAGCGUUUCGUGCCUUCUUGGGCUUCCGUGAGCAGAUCCUCAUAGCGAUCAUCCAAUCAGCGCUGGACCCAGACAUCUUCAUGGAACUGUUAGGACUGUUGCACGUGCCAAACUGUGCCAAUCUCCAAUACGUACCCUGGUACAAUGAAGUAUCCAUAUUCCGUGCUGCGUCCUUGGGACCCCUUACCCAUAUUGAAUGCCAGCGUAUUCAAGAUUGGGCGAUAUGCGUUUUCAAAGCAGAUUUUCGGAAAGCUCAUUUGGCGCGCAUCGACACGGCACGACUUACCCACACUCAACCGUUCGCCGUCCCGAGUCUCCGGCGACCAGCCGACAAGGAGCAAGCAGCCGACUUCAAAGAAAGCGUGGGCACCAUCGCCAGAAGUUAUGGUAUUCUAAAAAGAUACACGCAAGGCGUAUGCCUCCGUCUCAACGAUUUCACCCUAGGUCCGCGACAAGAAUUCCCUCGCGUACGGUAUCCUUGGGGAAAUAACUUCACCAUGAUGCCACCAGCACCUUUCAGAAAAAUAGUCGUGAACCUGCAACGAAUUCUUCUCCGCGAGAAGCUACUGCCGAUCAAAUUCAGCAACACGGACCUCCACGAUAUCAUCUUAAGUCAAACGAACCAGCGAGACUGCAUACUUGAUUUGGUCCUGGAAAGAGCUGGAAUUCAGCAGACUAGCCGCCUUACGAGGAGGGUGGUUCCUAUGGUGUAA